UUGACGUACACAUAUGACAACAACUUACAGGACAUACAUUUAACAGAGAAUGUAAAUCCUAUAAAAACAGACGUAAUUUUUGUUCUUGUAAAGUGUUAUUGGUAUUUGAUUCUCAUGUACAUACAUGGAUUACGCGAUGAUUUGCCUGGAGGGCAAAUUACAGUCAACAUCUAGAUCUAAAUCUCAGACACUGGACAGUGCCUAAUUCCGCCACAUCUGGAAGAUGCGACCAGAUGGGGAGAGCUAUGUGGGUAGCUAUGUCAAGGUCAUACAUGACUUUCACACUGAUCUUGAUGGAGAGGUCAGCCUGGUAAAAGGUGAAAUUUUCAAGGUCUCAAAGGUUAUAGAUAAAAACUGGCUGUGUGGAGCAAGUCGUGACAAGUCAGGUAAUUUCCCAACAGAUUUUGUGGACAAGAUUCAUCUGCCAAGUGUGGCUAAUGGCCAGAAGAUCUUUGCUGCUGUUGAAAACUUCCAAGCUCAACAGACCGGAGACCUCAACAUUGCGAAAGGCGAUGUCAUAAUUGGCCUGCACCAGAUCGAUGACAACUGGUGGCAGGGCCAGAACCAGGGUAACAUGGGCAUGUUUCCCAUCACUCACGUCAUAGAGCUCGAGAUUCCCUCCCAGCUCAAGCAGCGGUCAAUGAACGUCCAUGCCACCGAAACUUUAUUCGCCCAGGCGCUUGUGGCUGCUAAAGGACAGCUUGAUGAAGAGUUGAGUUUCCAGGCAGGGGACAUAAUUAAGGUCACAGAGGUGAUUGACGAGGAUUGGUAUGUGGGUGAGUGUCGUGGGAAGUCUGGAAUGUUCCUGGCCGCCUGUGUGCAAUUGCUGAAUGAAGGAGAAUGUCAACAGAGUGCUCAAAAGGAAAGCAGUGUUAGCAAGCACACAGGGGGCUCUGUGUCUCAGAACUCAAACUUUAAGGAUCAAGGUGGUAGCUUUCAGACUAAAAGCAUCUCUACUUCGAUACAUUCUGGUUAUCCUGGUGACAUUUCUGGCAGUGAUAAGCAUUUAAACACAGUACCAGAAGGUAACUAUCAUAAGUCUGGAAGUCUUGAUAGAACUACAAACUUGGCGUCUUAUACCAGUGAAAACACCAAGGCCCAUGUGGGUGACACAGAGGCUGGUGUGACACCCUAUGCUAGGACACUGUACCCUUUUUCUGGGGAAAUGCCUGGGGAACUUAGUUUUGAAGCCAAUGAAAUAGUUACGCUAAUUCAGCAUGUUGAUGAACAAUGGAUUGAGGGGGAAAUUGACGGCAUAAUAGGACUGUUUCCAGCAACUUAUGUAGAAGUUGUAGUGGACUGCCCAUAUGCAUUUUGUUUUGAUGAUACGUGUGAGGAAAAUACUCAAAAAAGCUGUGAUAAAGAUUAUAAUACUUACACUACUAAUAAAGAUGAGAAAUCCAAUGAACUUAAUGUUGCAGAUAAUUCUGCAAUGCCCUUUAUGGUUAAUGACAAAUCUGUUGAUUUGUGUGAAAGCUAUGCUCUAGUUUUAUACACAUUUGCUCCAGAGACAGAUGCAGACUUAGGCAUUAAGGAAGGGGAAACAGUGACUGUAAUUAAACAGGUUGAUGAUAACUGGAUGUUAGUUUGUAAUGAAGCAGGGCAGACUGGUAUGUGCCCAGUAACAUUCCUUGAUGUGAUUGGUUCUCCUCCUAGCAAGCAUUUACAUGACACAAACGAUAAUGAGAUUAAAGCAACAAAACACACACAAAGCAAAAAGGAUGCUGCAAUUACUGAAAAUGUAUUAAAAGGAGUGACAUUGACACAAAACAGUGCAAUAGAUAGUUACAAUUCGAAUGAAAGUGAUGUGAAUAAGUCAUCAGCAAGUUCAAACAAAUCUGUAAGUCAAACCAAUCUUACCAAAACGGCAAAACCAGUUUUAAAACCAAAACCAGCAUUGACCUCAAAGCCGGCAUUAAAACCCAAACCCUUAUUGGCCCCAAAGCCAUUUAACUCUACUCAAUCUGGUACUAGACCUGUGUCAUUUGAUCCAGCAGCAACAAUGCCAAAGUCAAACUCUGUCAGAUGUUUGUCAGAAAUUAUUUCAGAAAAAAAUGGACUGCAGGAGGGCAUGUAUAAAGCUCACUCUAUGUAUGAAAUUCAUAACCACAGCGAAAAAGCUGCUUCAAAUAUAGGAUCUGAUUGUGGAAGUACAGGCAGCAAUAACUCACUGAAUGCUAGUUUUGAACCCAAGAAGUCUUCAAGUGAGUCAAGAAAGUCUUUCAAAGAAUUUGAUCUUUCUAAACCACUGGAUAGCAUUAUUAAGGAUGAGCUUGUAAAAGCCAGAAAGGAAGCUGAAACAAAGUCCAAAUAUGGCUCAACUCUUUCAAAGGAGUCAACAGGAAGAGGUCACUUCAUAUACACAUCAGAAAUGGAGCAAAAGACUAGCCAGUCAAGAUCUUCCGGAAACUAUUCUCGUGAAAACUUUGAAGCAAGUUUGAAUGUUGGAAACUCCACAUUUUACUUUGAUGAUGCCAGUUCAACUUCCACAAAACCUCUACAGUUCAGAAAACCUCCUCCACCACCGAUGAAAUCUCAGAAAUCUGAAGAGUUUAUUAGAAAGCCAUCCUUAAAGAAGCCUGCCCCACCGCGACCUGUUGGCCCCAGGAUAGCCCCUGCCCCUCCCAAGACUCCAAUGGUCCCUGAGGCUGUAGUUAAGUCCCAGACCACAGCCAGUCGCCCGGCCCCUGCCAGACCAGGCCCCCUGCCUGCAAGGCCCAAAAGUGGGGCAGUGAGAAGGGACAAACCAGCACCCCCACGACCCAGUGGAAAAACAGCUGGGUCUGAUCUGAUGAGCUUCAGUCCACCAAACUCUACAUUCUAUGUAGCAGAAGAAGUUGAAACAGAAGAAAUCCUGGGUCUGAGGAGUCAGAUUUCUAAUAUUGAGAAGGAUAUUCAGAGUGUUGGCAAAUCCAAAGCAGAGCUUGAGCAGCGGUUGGCUGAUUCUGCUGUAGACGACACUGAACUCCAUGACAACAUUCAGUUCUAUACUGACAACAUUCUGGGCCUCACUAGCGAACUGACAACACUGAGAGAGCGACUUGCUGAGUUAUGUCCGCAAGAGCGUAACAAGAUAGACGAGGAGAAGCUAGUGGCAGCGAGACGGGAACAGGAAAUACGUCAGCGCGAGGAGCAGAAACGGCGUGAGGCUGAGGCAAAGGCAGAGAGGAUGGAGAAGAGGCAGCGUGUGAUUCAGGAGCUUGUACAGACAGAGAGGGACUUCAUCCUGUCGCUGAGUCUCAUCUAUGAAACCUUCCUGGGACCCAAUGCAGAGAAGCAUCCAGACAUGGAUGUUGACCACCUGUGUGGCAAUGUAGAGGAGGUAGCUGAGGUCUCCCAGAAGUUGCUCACCCGCCUGGAGGAUGCCACACAGGGCAAGGACUUCAACCAGACUGUCAUAGGGACCUGUUUUGUGGCACUUGCUGAGGAUAUGAAGAACGUGUACGCCCCCUACUGUAGAAACCAUGACGACGUGAUCACCCUCAUUGAGAAGUAUGAGGCAAUGGCUGAGGUGCAGGCACACAUUGAGCGUCAGCUGGAUCGCCUGCGUGAGGACCACACUGUGUUUGACCUCGGCGCCCUGCUUAUCAAGCCUGUACAGAGGAUCCUCAAAUACCCACUGCUGCUCAGUGAACUUUGCAAGUCGACAGAAGAAGACCACCCAGACAAGACUGAGCUGGUGGCGGCCAUGAACGCUAUGACGGAUGUUGCUCAGGCCAUCAAUGAGUACAAGAGACGCAAGGAUCUUGUGUACAAGUAUAAGAAGGAAACAGAUGUUUCUCUGGGUGACAAGCUCUCCAAACUGAGUCUUCACUCCAUCAAGAAGAAGUCCUCACGAAUUAAGGAGCGUUUUUCUGUAAACCUUGGCUUCAUCGACCAGACGCGGGAUACGUUGUUUGAAAGGGAGGAGACCCGGUAUCGGCAUUUGGAGAAAAGUGUGAGGGUUUUCUUGCGAGACAUGCAGAGUUACGUGGAGGAAGUACAGGCCAUGGUGAACAUCCAGGAGGGUCUGUCAGCGGACAUAGAGGAUUUCUACGCAGAGAAGCGAAGCACAGAGGAGAUACACAAGUACCAGGUGUUAUGUAACACCAUCCACAUGACAUUUCUUCCUAACUUUCAAAUGGAGGUAGAUGACCUGGUAUCUCACCCUCUGACCCAGCUGGUGACCUUGUUUGAGGGGCCAGACAUGGUCAUACAGAAACGCUAUGACAAGCUACUGGACUACGACAACCUUAAGAGGAAGGCUCAGAGUGACAAGGUGUUUGAGAAGCCAAUGCAGACAGCCAAGCAGAACUACGAGGCCCUCAAUGCCCAGCUGCUGGACGACCUUCCCAAGAUGGCUGACCUCGCUACACAACUCUUCCGUGACUGUGUCGGAUCCUUUGUACGAGCCCAGCGAGAGUUCACGGAUAAAAUAGUGCAUGAAAUGUAUACUGUUACUGAGCAGCAACUAGAGUUCCUGAGCGAUGAAGGCAUUGUGGAUCAGUUCAACAUCCGCCACACGGCCAUCGUGGACCGCCUGGCCCAGCUCAGCUUCAUGCCUCGCACAUUCUGCCCCCGAGUUGCAGACGCCAAGCAAGACAAGAAGAACAAACGCAUGUCUCUCGACUCCAACUCUCCCAUGCUGAAAUCUACUGAAGCCGUACCUCAGAUGGACAGUCAGAAGGUCUAUGUGACCCAGCAGUAUGUUGGGGGGAAGUUGUUCCGUGUGACAGAGACACACAUAGCUCAAGACCCCAUGGAUAUCAGCGUGUGUGGGGGUGAUGUGGUGGGAGUCAUCAUGGAGAAAGACCCCAUGGGAAACAAAGAACGAUGGUUUGUGGACAACGGAGCCAUGAAGGGUUUCAUCCCACGCAAGCUGCUGGUAUCAUACCAGUCCUCACCACCACGUCCACACACGGGUUCAAGUCCUGAGCUGAACCUCCGCCUGUCUGCAGGAUCCUGUCAUUACUCCCCCAAGAGAAGCCCCAGUCCAGGUCAUCGUACCUCAGGGAGUGUCCACACACUACAAAGUCUCCAGGAGCUGAAUGACAUGGACUUUGCACUGGAAGAAGAGAUGGUCCCUGACAUUGUAGACACUGGUCCCCCAUCUUACCAGUCUCUGAUUGCAGGACACCAGUCAAUGCAGUUAGCAAACAUUUCAGAGUACCGCCCUAAUGAAUUCAAUGCAGGUAGCCAGUCUACUCAAGCAGAAGACAAUGCAGGGUACCAGCACAACGCAGAAGGGCAUUAUGGGAGUGAAGAUGCAGGAUUGGAAGAUUUACAGCUUUACUAUGCAGAAUAUCCCUUCGAGGCAAGGAACCAGAACGAGGUGUCCAUGUUUGAACACCAGGUUGUCACUGUGAUAGCCGCCCAUGACGAGAAUGGCAACACAGAGUGGUGGUAUGUCGAGGCAGACGGUCACUAUGGUUACGCCCCUGCCAGCUACCUGAGGCCCAUGGAUACACAUGAACAACCAGCUUGAAAUUCAUGUGAACAGUUUAUGAUCAAAUGAGCAACUUCAAAGUUGCAUGAGAUGUUGAUGUUGUUUAAGAGGGUACAAUAUAUUCAUAUUUCAGUCACAAUUGUGUAAUACUAGUUUCCAACUCUGUUUCAAUCCUGUACAAAUGCUAUGUUUGGCCCCACUUAACUAAUGAUGUUGUUUCUCUGUGAUGUCUGGAUUGGAAGCAUACUUUUUACUUAGAUAUAUGCUGCUCACAAUUUGUUUGGUUGUUUUGUCUAAAUCACAUCUCCUGUUCAGAUUUUUUUUAUAGAUAAUAUGAUUUCCAUGACUUACCUCAAUACUUGAGCAGAUCUGAUAGAAUCACCACAUUAAGUCCAUAAUUAAAACCAAAAUUUCAUUCUUCAUGGCCUUUAUGAUAAAAGAAAUCUUGCAGAAUGGAUUGGUUGAUAUGCCUGUUAAAGUUCCUGACUUUGGUCAAUAUCAAGUUUAAAUAAAAUAACCCAGUCUUACAAAAAUACAUAGUGAAAGCCAUCUUGCAUUUAACGUUUUCAUAUGAAUAGUUUUUUCCCCAUUUAUUCAGGCAAAUUUUUUAUUGUGUAUGUGUUUUAAUUGUUUGAUGAAUUUAUAUCAUCUUUUUCUAUUUUCAAAUACUUUAUUGCUGUAUCUGCUUGACGUUAUAAUGUUAUUAUCCUUUUCCUGUGGAUGUAAUUUGAGUUCAUUGUCAGAAUUAUAUUUAUAUGUUUGUUUUUCUUGUUGUUGUUUUGCUAACAAUAUUCUUACAAACAGAUCAUUAGAUAUUGCAUAACAUAUAUUAUCAAAUUUAUCUAACAUUCAAACGAUAAUCUGCAAUAUAGAUCAUCCUCCCCGUACUAUCCCCAUGUUCAUUUUAAGGGCUACAUUAAGUGGAUCUCAAGUUUUCUCUUUAGCAAAAGUAAUAUAUAUUAUUGGAAAAAAAACUCACGAAAAAUAAGUUUAGCUUUUAUUUGCAGUUAUAGGCUAAGGCAACACAUAAAACGGUGAACUCAGCUAAUGCAGUCACUCAUCUUUGUGUUCUGAAUGAAUGAUGAAAAUAAGAGAUAAUUGAAUUGGAGGAGACCAUUUACUGGUAAACAGCAAACAUUUCCAGCAGCGGAUAAUGUAAAUUAAACCUUCACUGUUUUUCAGCUACGUUAUACAUGUCAUUUCUUUUUUUUUGCUCUUAAGUUUUGUGAUGAUCUUUUUACAAAGGUACCGGUAAUCGUUUGUUUUGAUUUAUUCUGAUCACUGUAUACUGAUACUCUGAUGCAGCAUAAUAUAAGUUACAGACUUUCUAGAAAUCAUAAUAUUGCAUUCCACAUCAUGUCAAGUUGUAUCAACCACAGCAUGUCCAUUUGGACGUCGUUAAUAUUUGUACUAUAUGUCUCAAGACAUUUCACCAGAGCCUAUACUGUGAUCUUGUAAGUCUUCAAGACACUAACAAGGGUUUACACAUUAAAAUAUGCAACAACAAACAUGUAAACACCCUCUGCUUAUUAUGGACAACACUUUCCGUUUUUUGGAAUUUUUCAUUAAAAGGGACUCUUCUAAACAUAAUUUUGAUCAACCUGUGAAGACUUCACAGACUUAACAUUGACAAUACUAUACACACAUGCUUUGAUGAUGUGUUCCCUGAGACCUGCUCAUAUAUAAAAAGAUACUGUGAGCUAUUAACUUGUAAACUUUUAAUUACACGCAAAUGUUCAGAGUUUAAUUUAGUUCUUUCUGUAUAAUGUGUGUGCUCCUUUAAUUUUUAUUUCAAACAAAACAAAACUCAACAGCCAAUACUAUGUUUUCACUAUUCACCAGUUAACAUCCCUUAUAUGCAUGUUUUGACUAUUCUGUACUGGAAAUGCUGAUACUUUUCAAUGUGCAUUUCAAUAUAUAUGUGAGUAUGCAUUUACUUGAUUUUGUAUUUGUUUGCUAAUGAGAAAACUUACAUCACUCCAACUCAUUUUAUCCUUGUUGCACAAUCAUAUAAUUGUAAUUGUUGCUGCCUUUAUGAUGUAUGAGAUUAAAGAUGCUUGUCAAUGUGUAACACACUGUAUAUCAUAUUAAAUGAGAUAUCACUGUUUUGUUUAAAAAAUUUACAAAGGUGUGAAUACGUCUUGUUUUAUGAUAUUACUGAUAUAUGAAUCAAUUUAUAUGUUAAUAUUGUGGUUUUUUGAGGGGUGAAAUCAUAACAGGUCAUGCGGAUCACAAAGCUCUCUUGGUAGCUCAUUUUUGCAAUGUUUUUUACAUGUGGACUGCUGAAUGCCUUAUAUAUUUUUGUGAUAAAAUAACUGUCUUUAACUCGUUGUUUUAUCAGCACAUUACUGUAUGAAAACUAUUUUGUAUCAAAGGCAUGUUUCGUCCAAACCUUAAUGUAUCGGUAAGCUAAUCCUGGUUAGUGUGCAUAGUUUUCCGCAGCAUGAAAUAUGAAUGUGGUUUUUUCUCACACAGAGUCAGCUUAGAGAACUGCAUUUUAAUUAAUCAUGUAAACUUAGAUUUGUUGGGAAAUGUACCAACCAUUUUGAAAUGGUUAUUCUUAUUUUUAUUUAAGAUGGAAAUAUUGCAUAAAGCUUUAAAAAAAACUACAACAAAUUAGUAAAAUAACAGUAUGACAUGUUUGUUAAUGCUUUAGGUUGUAAUUUAUGUGCAGCUAUGAUCUUCAGAAUACACAUUUAUAUAAUAGUAUUAUUUGAAAAAACGUUUUAUGAACAUCAUCAAUCAUCGGAUUUUAGCUCGACUAUUAUAUAUGAAAUAUAUAUAGUGGAGCUAUCCUACUCACCCCGGCGUUAGCGUAAGCGUGCAAAUGUUUAAAGUUUGCGUAAUACCCCAAAUAUUUCCUAUGUCCUUUGACAUAUUGCUUUUAUAUUUUGCAUACUUCUUUACCAACAUGACCCCAAUCUAAAAACAACAGCAGACAACUGUAUCAAGCUUUUUGACAGAAUUUUGGCCCCUUUUAUACUCAAAAUAUGCAUAUUAUUGAUAAAUCUAUGUUAAAGUUUGCGUACCACCUCAAAUAUUUUCUAUGUCUUUUGACAUAUUGCUUUCAUAUUUUGCAUUUCUUUACCAACAUGAUCCCAAUCUAUAAACAAGAGCAGACAACUGCAUCAAGCGUUUUGACAGAAUUAUGGCCCCUUUUAUACUUAGAUAAUUGAACAUUUUGCUUAAAUUGCCAUAACUUCUUUAUUUAUGAUCACAUUUGAUUCAUACUUUGACAAAACAACACUUACCUGACAUACCACAAUGCACUCCAACCAAACCAUCCCCCAUGCCCCUCCCCAGAAUCCCCCUCAUCGAAAAAAAUAAUUUGUUUUUCCUUAUUUUUGAAAGAUCAUCUAUUAAAUGUCCACACACACACAUUAUACCCCCCCCCCCCUCCCCCCCUCUCUCCAUGAUGACUUACCUUAUACUGUCAAGCGCUCGAAUAGUCAAGCGCGCUGCCCUCUGACAGCUCUUGUUGUUUCUGUUGUUGUUACAUGAUGUUACCUUCUUGUGAUGUUAAAUGGCAUUGUGCAAUUUUGUCUGGUUUGGUACAUUUCUAUGGGUUGAUUCUGAUGUAAUGUGAUUCUUUCUUUUGCAAAGUUGUUAUUGUCUAUUUUAGGCUGAAACUGCAUACCCUCCUAUUGUUGUUUUGGCGAGUGACAUAUUGCUGGAUUUGUCAUUAAAGAUUUAAGAAAUAAUAUUUUUCUAUCAUGGUUUGUUGUCGAAUAACCCACAGUAAGGAGUAUAGAUGCGUAGGAUUUAAAUCACGAGUGCGAAGCACGAGUGAUUUGAUAACAUGCAUCUAUACAACUUACUGUGUGUUAUUCGACAACAAACCAUCACAGAAAAAUAUUAUUUCGAUUCUAACACGAUUCUGAUUGAUUUGGUCCAAGCUUUAGGACGUGAACUAUAUUUUUCAAUACUCCGCCCAUCUUAGUACAAAGUUCACUAUUUUGUGACGUCAUUGAAUUUUACAAACAUAUGACGUCGUUUUCAUUCAUAAAUAUUUUGCAAAUGACGUCACUUUCAUUGAAAACAACAAUCGUAGAAACUUAAUGACGUCACGUUUAUUGAUGCUACUGAAAAGCUGACAUGCUUUAAAUGUUUUCUGAAUAAUGUUUCCUAACAAAUAACAUUCUUUGUAGGCGUGGUUAUGCCACUUAUCAUUAAAUAUACAAUUUGUUGUUUCAUUACAUUUUUAUACAUGCUACAUUUAUUGCAUUUCUUUUAGAGCGGGUUUUAGCACGUGCAUUUUACUGCAUUAUUUUCUUUAUUUAUUCGGAACUAUUUUCGAAACAUGAAGCUCCGCCCAUAAGUUAUUGCAGAAUAACCCACACUUGAUUUCCUUCUUUGUCUAUAGAAAACAAGUCGCGUGCCGUGUUAGAAUAUGCGUUAUAAUCCUGUGCAGAGAUGUAACAAAAUUCUAUUGUGGAUUUGUUUCAUAGGGUAAUGAAAGCAUAUUUUGAUCUUAUUUUACAUUAUACUGGUGAAAUGUUACUGUUACUGUAUUUCGCUACUGUUCAAGGGGUAUUUUAUCAUGUCAAGGUGAUAUUAAGUUCUGAAUUGAACAGCACUAUGUUCGUUUUAAGACAAUGUGAAUAUUGCUUUAUAAUAGUUUGCUGUGAUGUUCUUUAAGUCUAUGUUUCAAUAUUUGUUGUACUGGAAUUCUCUUUGAGCAGCAAACUUGAUUCACUAAGUGUAAAACUGGUAUUAUUGCUUUAGUCUGCAAAGCUUGCUAUCCUUUAAAAACUGUUUAUGUACUCCAACAUUAUGUUAUGUUGUCAAACAUAAUGUACUUUGUUUGCUAUUACAAUGGCAGGCAUAGUGUCCUGUUUGGUCUGGUAAAUUAGUGAAUAUUUUUAAAUAUUAUUCCACGUCGUGCGAUUAUAGGUCUUAUGCUAAAUGUUUUUGGGAAGUCUAGUAAGGAUUACCCAUUUCCAUUAAUGAAAUCACAAAACUUGCUUGACUUUAUAACAGACAGGGUAGCUCCUGACCAGACUUCUCAGGCUGGUCUGUCUUUAUGCUGGUCGCAUAAGACCCAUUUUAGCAUGAUGCAGCUCCUUUUAAUGAUGUUGUAUUUAAAUGUUGAAUCAUUCCAAUCCUACAAUUCAGUCUGCUGAUUUGUAUUCUCUUGUAGACAGCUUUGUGAUAUUCUUUUUGUCCCCAACCGGUUUCAUCGGAGGGGACUUAUGGUUUUCGCUCUGUGUGUCCGUCGGUCCGUCAGUCCGUCGGUCCGUCAGUCUGUCACACUUUUCUGGAUCCUGCGAUAACUUUAAAAGUUCUUAAUAUUUUUUCAUGAAACUUGAAACAUGGAUAGAUGGCAAUAUGGACAUUAUGCAUGUCAUUUCAUUUUGUUCCUACGCCAAAAAUUCUGGAUGCUAAUGCAACAAAACCCCCCCCCCAAAAAAAAAAAUCUGACAAUGGUGGAAUUUCUGACAAUGAUGGAGCCCGUAGGAGACCAUAUUGCUUGACAAUAGCCUUGUUUUAUUUUAUUAAAUGUUUUACAUUGUUUACUCAAAACAUUUUUUUUUUGUAUUAUGCUAAUAUUUAGUACAUUAUUGUUCAAUUAAAUUCACACAAUAUAUUGUUAAUACAGCAAAUCAGCAGUGGUAAAAAUUUAGUGAUCACUUUAAUAAGAAAGCUCGACCCUCUGAACUUAAUUAUCCCGAAGUUGCUAAGAGUUCACAAAUAAUCCAUAUUAAUUUGCAUGUAUUGCAUGUAUUGACAUAUCCGAAUAUAGACAUAGAUUUAUGUAUAGUUUAAAUGUUAAAUUAACCAAGUAAUCAUUUUGACUGUGUAUUCAUGUAUGAUGAGCUAAAUUAAAUCAAGCAUUCACAUAAAAACACACACAUUAUACAAAUUCGACUUACAAACAUGUCAUGGUGUAAUGCAAUGAGUUACAAACUCACUACUUUGUACAUCCUGCAACAUUUGUCAUGUUACUGUUAAAAUGUUUGUGAUAUUGCCUUUAGCACCUUUCCAUUCAUAUUUAUAAACACUCAUUAUAAUAAUAAAUAUUCUAUUAUUUGAUGUUGCUUUGUUGAGAUACUGAAACCUAAUUUUUUAGGUAUCCAGACAAUCGCUCCCACGGACAAUCUCUCAUACGCUUAUUUGGACAACCCGGACAGUCGCUCCUACAUUACUUUGACAACCUGGACAGUCGCUCCUACAUUACUUUGACAACCCAGACAGUCGCUCCUACAUUAUUUUGACAACCCGAUGAUACAUAAUUUGCCAUCGGUAGUGGACUACUUUGACGCUUACUAUGUAUAUCUGGUGCGUAUUUUCCUUUCUGUAGAUUGGUGUGCAUUAUAUUAUAAAUACACGUUAAAUAAAGAACAACAUUUCAACUUC